CUUGUUCAGAGCUAUUCAGCCUCCUGCUGAUCCCACUACCCCCACCCCUAUUUAAGGCUACGGAGAGGAAAUCCUAAGGAGGAGAUUUUCCCCCCUAGUCUCCAGCAAUUUUUUGGUGACGUAAUAUGUGGGCUGAACUUGAGUUUACCGAGAAAGAGGGAAUCACUAUUCAAGGGUGCUGUAUAUACAAUCUGGGUCAGCUGCAGCUGGUUACUGCACUUCUCCAUGUGGCAGUCAGAGCAAAGCCACAAUGCUUUCUCUGCCGGAUUAAAGACAGCCCACAGACCAGAACUUCCACUAUACUACUUAAAAUUACAUAGGUGGCUUGUCAAGUUCAAUUGAUUAGUGUUGUAAGAAGAAAAAGAAGGUCCUUAUUACUGCUUGGAUUUGACGGUCCAAAACAAAAAUGCAAUUGCCAUUAAAGUCACAGAUGAACAAACUUCUACACUGAUUUUUUAAAAGCAAGAAUAAGAGCAGCAAGUUUCUGGGUCUGCUUUAUCAACAGAUGCAUAAAGACUUCAUACAACCUCAUUUCAAAAUGAAAGCUUUUAUCUGGAUCCUAAGUGUGCUAUUCUUCCUACUAAUGGGCACUGGACACUGCAGAGGCGGCCAGUUCAAAAUAAAAAAAAUAACCCAGAGGAGAUACCCUCGUGCCACAGACGGUAAAGAGGAAGUAAAGAAAUGUGCAUACACAUUCCUGGUACCUGAACAAAAAAUUACAGGGCCGAUUUGUGUCAAUACCAAAGGGCAAGAUGCAAGUACCAUUAAAGACAUGAUCACUAGGAUGGACCUUGAAAACCUGAAGGACGUGCUCUCCAGGCAGAAGCGGGAGAUAGACGUCCUGCAGUUGGUGGUGGAUGUAGAUGGAAACAUUGUCAAUGAGGUAAAGCUGCUGAGAAAAGAAAGCCGUAACAUGAACUCGCGUGUUACUCAACUCUAUAUGCAACUACUACAUGAGAUUAUCCGUAAGAGGGAUAAUUCACUUGAACUUUCCCAGCUGGAAAAUAAAAUCCUCAAUGUCACUACAGAAAUGUUGAAGAUGGCAACAAGGUACAGGGAACUAGAGGUAAAAUAUGCUUCCUUGACUGAUCUCGUCAAUAACCAGUCUGUGAUGAUCACCUCACUGGAAGAACAGUGCUUGAAGAUAUUUUCCCGACAAGACCCCCAUGUGGCUCCCCCUCUCGUCCAGGUGGUGCCGCAGCACAUUCCUAACAGUCAUCAGUACACUCCCGGACUGCUGGGAGGGAACGAGAUACAGAGGGACCCAGGUUAUCCCAGAGACUUAAUGCCACCACCUGAUCUGGGAACUUCUCCCACCAAAAGUCCCUUCAAGAUACCACCAGUAACUUUCAUCAAUGAAGGACCAUUCAAAGACUGUCAGCAUGCAAAAGAAGCUGGACAUUCAGUCAGUGGGAUUUAUAUGAUUAAACCUGAAAACAGCAAUGGACCAAUACAGUUAUGGUGUGAGAACAGUUUGGAUCCUGGGGGUUGGACUGUUAUUCAGAAAAGAACAGAUGGCUCUGUCAACUUCUUCAGAAAUUGGGAAAAUUAUAAGAAAGGGUUUGGAAACAUUGAUGGAGAAUAUUGGCUUGGACUGGAAAAUAUCUAUAUGCUUAGCAACCAAGAUAAUUAUAAGUUGUUGAUUGAAUUAGAAGACUGGAGUGACAAAAAAGUCUACGCAGAAUACAGCAGCUUUCGCCUGGAACCUGAAAGUGAAUUCUUUAGACUGCGUCUGGGAACUUACCAGGGAAAUGCAGGGGACUCCAUGAUGUGGCAUAAUGGUAAACAGUUCACCACACUGGACAGAGAUAAAGAUAUGUAUGCAGGAAACUGUGCCCACUUUCAUAAAGGAGGAUGGUGGUACAACGCCUGUGCACAUUCUAACCUAAAUGGAGUAUGGUACAGAGGAGGCCAUUACAGAAGCAAGUACCAAGAUGGAAUUUUUUGGGCUGAAUAUCGAGGCGGGUCAUACUCCUUGAGAGCAGUUCAGAUGAUGAUCAAGCCUAUUGACUGAAAGAGAGACAGUCUCCAACUUAAAUGACAUAGAACUCUGUAUUUUUCAGUUCCUAAAAAUGUAAAUGUUACAUAUAUAUUGUUUUGCACAACUCAUUGCUACAGAUACAGUUUUUAAAACGAAUGUUACCAUAACUGUAAAAGGGGAUUUAUAAAUGUAGUUUCAUCUUCCUCAAUAUACUGCAGAAGGUUAUUUGUACCCACAACCCUAGUUAUUUUAAAAACUAUAUUGAUUAAAUACAGGCAAAGUUUGUUUUAUAAAAUGUAAAUAUUUGCCACAAUGUAUAACAAAUCUUAGCUUUAUUUUAAAUCAAAACUGAAUACAUGUUCAAGAACAACUUAUUUAAAAACUUUGAGAUUGCUCUAACUUCCAACAGAAAAAUAAUUUUAAGAUUUCAAGCCAAGUAACACAUUUUAUUUAUAAAAAUAUAGACAGGAAAUUAGAGAAAACUCUAGUUUUGCCAACAGAAAAUAUAUUUUGCAUUGAAUAAAAGUUAUUUCAAAUUGAA